UGCAGGGGAGAAGCGGGUUUGUUUUUGAAUCUGCGGAGGCGGUGGCAGCAGCGGCGGCAGGCGGCGCAGAGAGGGGAGUGUGCGCGAGACUGAGGUGACGAGUUUGAGAGACGCCAGUGCGGGGCGGACUGCAGGAAGGAGCUUGGCCCUCCCUGCCGCAUCUCCAGCCCCAAAAGAUUCAAAAUGGAAAGUACAGAAGAACCUCAGAAAAAAAUCUUUAAAGCCCGAAAAACAAUGAGAGUGAGUGAUCGUCAACAACUUGAGGUAGUAUACAAAGUCAAAGAAGAGCUACUGAAAACUGAUGUCAAAUUGUUGAAUGGCAAACAUGAAAAUGGUGAUUCUGACCUAAAUUCACCAUUAGAUAAUUCUGACUGUAUAGAUGGUAAGGACAUGAAUGGCAUAGAAGAUGUUUGUUUGGACCUUGAAGAUAGGAAAACUGAGUUGAAGGAACCCCCCUCAAAUUUCUUAAAUAUUGACAUAAGAGAAGAGGAUGAUGAUUCAAGUCUAAAAUGUGCAACAGCAUCUCCUAAAAAUAUAACUUACGAACCAGAAAAAGAUACUGUCCCUGAAACUGACAACACAGUUCCUAAUAGCAAUAAAGAUGAUGAUAAUCUUGAAAAAAGUAGCACAGAUGAUGAAAAUUUGGACCAAAGAGAAAGAGAGAGCCCACUUGAAGACAAAGCUAUAGUUAGUGACAAUAUUGAAACUGAAGAGGAAAAGCUGGAAAUGAGUAAUGACCUUCCUAUUAGUGCUGACCUUCCUACUGAGGAUGAAAAAAAUAUGGAUGAAAAUCCUCUUAUAGAGUCAGCUUUUGAAGAAGAAGCUAUAUCAAGCAGUAUGGAAAUAGGCAAAGAUGCACAGAGUGAAGAUAACAAAUCUCCAGGUCUUCCAGAAACCACUGAUGAAAAUGUUCAAGACGAUAAAAAUGAGAGCACCUUAGACAAUGCAGACUCUAUGGAGACAGAUGAAAUUAUUCCCAUUUUGGAAAAGCUGGCUCCUGCUGAAGAUGAACUUACUUCCUUUUCUAAAACUUCUCUCAUUCCACUUGAAGAAACAAACCCAGAUUUGGGAGAAAAAUUGGAAAAUUCUCUAGGUUCACCAUCCAAACAAGAGAGUAGUAGUGAGAGUUUGCCUAAAGAAGCUUUCUUGGUACUCUCUGAUGAAGAGGAAACUUCUGGUGAAAAAGAUGUUGAAGUUGUCUUGCCAAACGAAUCAAGUUCUCCAGACUCCAUGUGUCCUUCCAGCUCCUUAAUUGCUUCAGUUCCAAUGACCUAUUCCUUUACUGCACUUCAGCCACAAGUAGAAACAGAGACAAAAGAAAAGGAUACAAAAUUAGAAGAAGAAAAGGAACCACAUAAAGAAGAAGAAAGACCUGGAAAAAAUGAAUUGUUGUCAAGGAGAAAACGGUCCAAAUCAGAAGAUAUGGAUAAUGUACAGUCUAAACGUCGACGAUAUUUGGGAGAAGAGUAUGAAGCAGAACUCCAAGUAAAGAUUACAGCAAGAGGGGACAUUAACCAGAAGCUCCAAAAGGUUGUACAACGACUUUUAGAAGAAAAACUGAGUGCUCUGCAGUGUGCUGUGUUUGAUAAGACCUUGGCAGACCUCAAAAUGCGUGUGGAAAAGAUUGAAUGUAAUAAGAGGCAUAAAACUGUUCUUACAGAAUUGCAGGCUAAAAUAGCCAGGUUGACCAAACGCUUCGGAGCAGCCAAAGAGGACCUUAAGAAAAGACAAGAAAAUCCACCAAAUCCACCUGUGUCACCAGGGAAAUCAACUGCAAAUGAUGUUGUCAGCAUUAACAACCUAACUUAUAGAAAUGCUGGCACAGUGAGACAAAUGUUGGAGUCUAAGAGAAACAUAGGAGAGAACACACCAUCACCUUUUCAAGCCCCUGUCAAUGCAGUAUCUUCAGCCAGCAUUGCCACACCGCAGACAGCGGUCAGUGGUCAACCUAAAUCUCAAACUCCAGUUACCUCUGGUUCCUUGACGACAUCAGUUCUUCCUGCACCAACUACGGCUCCAGUAGUUGCUUCUACCCAGGUGUCUAGUGGAAAUUCGCAACCCACAAUAUCUUUACAGUCUUUGCCAGUGAUCUUACAUGUACCUGUUGCAGUAUCCUCCCAGCCUCAGCUCCUACAGAGCCAUACAGGGACUUUGGUCACUAAUCAACAAUCUGGCAAUGUUGAAUUUAUUUCUGUGCAAAGUCAGUCUACAGUUAGUGGUCUUACCAAAAAUCCAGCACCCUUGCCAUCAACAAACCCCACUAAACCAAAUAACAGCCCAUCUGUACCCAGUCCUAGUAUUCAGAGGAACUCUCCAGCCAGUGCUGCACCAUUAGGAACAACACUUGCAGUACAGGCUAUUUCAGCAGCACAUCCUAUUGCACAAGCCACAAGGACUUCUUUACCUGCAGUAGGUACUUCAGGACUAUAUAAUCCUGCCAACAAUCGAAGUUCCAUACAGAUGAAAAUUCCACUUGCUGCAUUUGGUACUACAGCUGCUCCUGCUGAGGCUAGCAGUACCACAGUUCCAUCUAGAGUUGAAAACCAGACCAACAAAACCACAGAUACUUCUGUGAAUAAGAGAGCAGCUGAGAACACACCACAGAGUGGAAAAGCCACAGGCAGUGAUUCAGGAGGUGUCAUUGAUCUCACAUUGGAUGAUGAAGAAGUCGGUACUUCACAAGAUCCGAAAAAACUAAAUCAUACACCUGUAUCAGCUAUAAGUCAGUCGGCUCAGCCUCUUCCUCGUCCAUUACAACCCUUGCAGCCUGCCCCCUUGCAGCAGGCUGGGGUGCCAACAAGUGGACCAUCUCAAACCACCAUACACCUACUACCUACAGCUCCAACAACCGUGAAUGUAACACACCGGCCAGUGACUCAGGCUCCUACAAGACUCCCCGUUCCAAGAGUUCCUACUAAUCACCAAGUGGUUUAUACCACUCUCCCUGCACCACCAGCCCAAGCUCCAGUAAGAGGAGCAGUUUUGCAAAACUCUACUGUACCUAUACGGCAGGUCAACCCUCCAAAUGGGGUCACAGUGCGAGUGCCUCAAGCAGCUACAUAUGUUGUAAAUAAUGGACUAACCCUUGGGUCAACAGGGCCUCAGCUAACAGUGCAUCAUCGACCGCCACAGGUGCAUCCUGAGCCAUCUCGCCCUGUACACCCAGCACCCCUACCAGAAGCUCCUCAACCACAACGUCUGCCCCCAGAAGCUGCCAGUACCUCCCUUCCUCAGAAGCCACACUUGAAGUUAGCUCGAGUACAAAGCCAGAAUGGCAUCGUGCUGUCAUGGAGUGUCCUGGAAGUAGACCGUAGCUGUGCCAGCGUAGAUAGCUACCACCUUUAUGCUUACCAUGAGGAUCCCAGUGCCACAAUGCCAUCACAGUGGAAGAAAAUUGGGGAGGUAAAAGCACUUCCUCUGCCUAUGGCAUGUACUCUCACUCAGUUUGUAUCUGGCAGCAAAUACUACUUUGCUGUCCGAGCCAAGGACAUUUAUGGACGUUUUGGACCUUUCUGUGAUCCCCAGUCAACGGAUGUGAUCUCUUCCCAGAGCAGUUAAACACUCGGAGCCUUUACAUCUUUCUCUCUUUUAAGAGUUCCAUUUUUUUUUGGUCUUGUUUUUAAUCUUGUGCAUGAUAUUCACUGUAAAAUCCACAUUCUGCAAGAUUUCUUGGACAGAUGUGUGUAAUACACUACAUACAUUUAUAUCCAGAAGUAAAAUAAACUCUCAGUCCACAAAGCAAGA